CGGCGCACUUCCUGGGGGCUUGGUGCACACACACACAGCUGGCAACAGAGAGCUGACAGUCAGGUUAUCAUAAAAUGGCUAACGCUACGCUCCAGUCGUUCAAUGUCUUUCUCACGGAGAGGUUAACCGCAGCUGCAGUGGACAUCUACGGGUUCGUGGAGAAGACCAUCGUGGACUACCAGGAUGAAGUGUACCAUACCAAGCUGGAGAACCAGAGGCUGCAGAGGCUGCUGGAGCUGGUCUACAAGCCGGAGAUAAGGCUGCACAGAACAGAUACCAAACAACCAACUACACUGCCACCUUCGGAGGAGACGCUACCCAGACAGCCGGAGUGGAGCCCUGGGGUGUGCCAGGAUGAGCCGGGACCCUCCCAGAUUAAAGAGGAGGAGGAAGAGCAGCAGAAAGAGGAACUGUGGAUCAACAGGAUCAACGAGCCACCUUCAUUAGACGACAGCGAUGACGGCGACGCCUUGACGAAAGAACUCAUAAAAACGGUGCAACAGUUAGAAGACUGCAGAGCCGCAGAGGAGGGCAGAGAGUCAGAGCCGGCCCCUGCACAGGAUCCAGAACCCUCUGAAGAGAAGACCAGCACCACCUUGUACCGCUGCCACAUAUGCAACUACAUAUUCACCAAGAAAAGUGUGCUUACCUGGCACCUCAAGACGCACGAAAGCAAGUCACAUGACAGCAAGGGGAACUUUGACUGUCACAUAUGUGGCAAACACAUACCCUGUCAGAGCAAUCUGCAGAACCACAUGAGAGUGCACACCGGAGAGAGACCCUACAGCUGCCAUUUCUGUGGCAAGUGUUUUAAACUGAAAGGACACAUGACAGAACAUAUAAGAACUCACACAGGAGAGAAGCCUUUCAGCUGUCACAUCUGUGACAAAUCCUUCAACAGAGGUUCAACUCUGAGAAAACACGUUUUAGCCAAACAUAAAGAGGAGAGACCGUACAAAUGUGGGGAUUGUGACGAGUUAUUUACAGAGAGGCUGCUCAUGAAGAGGCACAUGCAGAAAGUACACGGAGUCAAACUGUCCACUAGUCAAAGUCCUGCAGAGCAGACGCAAUGAUGCCGCAUGUUGCGUACAGUCCAGAGUCAUAACGACUAAGGCUACAUAUCUUUUAAAAUGUUUGGAUACUAGCUCCAUGAAGUUUGGUCCCAAUACCAGAACCUUUUUUUCAAAGUUUGGCUUUUUUGGAUUGUAAUUGCGGUACACUACAGAUUCCGUUUUUGUUCUUGAAGCAAAUUUCAAUGUUGUCUAAUAUAAAUAUAGCCAUACAAGAACUUUAGGAAAGCUCUUAGAAAAGUUAGUUUGAGUAGAUGUAAGGAGGUGAAAGCUUAGCAUAACAACUCAGAGCAGAUUAGCCUGGUUCCAUUUCAAAGAUCAAAAAUACACCUUGUUUAGAAAAUAAUGUAUUCCAUCAAGGUAUAAAAUAUAUUUAUUAUAUUACAACAUAUUUAAAAGAUAGCUUUAGAGGUGCUGAUUGGUGUAUGAACUUUUGACAGACCCAAGCUAGCUGUCUAUAGUUUCAUCCAUUCCUAAUGCUAAGCUAGGCUAACAGUUACCUGGCUCUAGCUCCAAAAAAUGCACACAAAUAGUAUUACUAAAAAUAUGUGAUGGUUCAAUACACAUUCCUUGUAGAGGCCCAUUAGAUAAACAAAUACAAACAUUUACAUAUACAGACAAUGUAGGGCUGAAUGUAUUCUACAGAGUCCCAAGGACGCCUCAUGCUUCAGAGCACUGAAGGAUUUAAAGUGCUGCCUGUCUGAAGUUGUUAACCAUUACUAAACUUCAUAUGUGCUGAACAUUAAGAUACUAUUUUCCAUUUUUAGAUUACAUUACAUGUCACUUGUUAGACGCUUUUAUCCAAAGCGACUUGCAUACAUUCAGUACUGUGGACAAUCCCCACAGGAGCAAUUUGGGGUGUCUUGCCCAGGGACACAACGACAUGCUGACUGCAGUGGGACUCGAACAUGCUACCCCCUGAUUCCAAGUCCAACACACUUCCACUGAGCCACAGCCUCCCAUUUCUUCCGUUUUCAUUACCUCUCGUAAUCAUUAAUAUGAACCGCCAGAAUUGUAUUGUGUGGCAUAAAAAAAAGAUAAAACAGAUAACCGAUCAACCAUUUAAAUUCAAUUGUGCAUCAUAAUAACAUUCACAAUGGUGGUACCUUAUCUGUUAACUCGUGACAUAGUGUCUAUGUUGUACUGUAAAGUUGUUUUAUAUAUUUAUUGAUAUUGUAUAUUAUUAUUUUUAUUUGUAUUUGCCACAGUCCAGUUCAGUAUUAUGACGUGUUGUAAAACCAGCUACAUGAACGUGAAAUGUAAAGCUUAAAAGAAACACGGUCAGUUGUUAAAGUAUGGCGAAAACUGUAUCACUUACGUUGUUUUUCCUUUUCUGUGUCACAUAUAAGUGAAAUGUAGCUGUUCAGGAGUAAAACUAGUUUUAGAAAUAAUUACAUUACAUACAUACAACUGCUUUGGAUAAUUAGAGUCAGAUUUAUUGAAGAUGAUCUCAUCAGCUGCAACAACUGUAAGCAAACACUUACUCUUAUUGGCAGUCUAAACAGUGGUUGUGUGUGUCAGUAGGGAGGAAGACCAAGCGGCAGCCAGCACUCUCAUCUGUAAGCAUCAUGCAAAUCAUUUUGAAAGAUAAGAAGGAAAACUACGUCCUGUAAGAAAGUAUAUAUUCUAAAUCUAAUAUGUUCUUAACCCUACCUGCAGAGGCAAUGCUGCUCUGUUGCCCGGACAGAGAUCAGACUCUGGAUUUUAAUUCUCUCAUCUCAGUCACCAAAGGAGACCGCUCAAAUGACAAGCAAAUAAAGGUGAUUGGGUAGGAUGUGUUAUCAGUCUGCAGGGGGCGCAUGUCUGCUUCAAGUGUCUGAGUGCAGGAGAGACUCAGGUUCUCUCUCUCUCAGUAGAUGCGGCAAAAAUAAAGUGUGUGUGUGUG